AUGGAUACAUCAAUACCAAUGCUAUUACCAUCGAGCUCAAUUCCGCGUCCACCUUCACAUCCUCAUCUAGAAUGGACACCUAAACGGUAUCUCUCUGAUCCUCAACCACCUCCCAUGGAUGAUGCAAGAGUUCUUGAGCAAGAAAUGGCUGCUGCAAGACAGCUGCAAGAUGGGAAAGCCGUAAAGAAGACAAGACCUCGGCGAACUGUUGAUUUUAAUGCGGGUAUGGGCAGGUGGAAUAUUCUACGCAAACACCGACCUAAUUCGACAUAUGUCCCCUCCAUGAGACCUGCUCCUCCCUUCAUUAUUGACCUGCUCCCACCAAUUGCAUAUCCUGGAAACUCUUCGACGUCCUUGUGCACCAAAUUUAUUCACACCUCGACCAACAAGAUUCGCUGUCCAGUCAAUGUUGUUACAUGGACUCCAGAAGGACGACGAGUACUGACAGGGUCAACAAGCGGAGAAUUUACCCUCUGGAACGGUCUCACAUUUAAUUUCGAGACCAUUCUCCAAGCCCACGAUUCCGCCGUCCGCGCCUUCCAAUUCACACACUCUGGCUCAUUCCUAGCUUCGGCAGAUCAGAAUGGAAUAAUCAAGUAUUUCCAGCCGAAUAUGAACAACUUGACUGCGUGGGCUGGCCAUCGUGAGGCUAUCCGAGGCUUGAGCUUCAGCCCAGAUGAUCGCCGCUUUGCAACGGCAAGCGAUGAUUCAACUAUCCGAAUAUGGUCGUUCGAAGAGAGUCGGGAAGAAAGUGUUCUUACAGGACAUGGGUGGGAUGUCAAGUGCGUUGAGUGGCAUCCUAGCAAAGGUCUUCUAGUAUCUGGAAGCAAAGAUAACCAAAUAAAAUUCUGGGACCCGCGAACUGGAGCGGUUCUUUCAACACUGCAUCAGCACAAAAACACAAUACAAGGCCUGGCAUGGUCUCCUAACGGCAACCUUGUAGCAAGCGCCUCCCGUGAUCAAACGGUUCGCGUCUUCGACAUCCGCGCCAUGAAAGAAUUCCGCAUCCUUAGAGGUCACAAGAAAGAAGUCUGCUCCGUGACAUGGCACCCCGUGCACCCAAUACUUGUGUCUGGCGGCUCCGAGGGUGCCGUGCUCCACUGGGACCUCGGCGGCCCAGAACCAACGAACAUGCAAUCCGUCACACAGCCCCGCGCCACGCUAUCACAAGCGCACGAUUCCAACAUCUGGUCAAUGGCCUUCCACCCCAUGGGCCAUCUCUUCGUGACCGCAUCAAAUGACCACACCACGCGUUUCUGGUCGCGCGAGCGCCCUGGAGACGCAACAUCAGUGUUCUCCGGCGGCGGCGAGAAGCCCCCAGAAAUUAUAGACAUGAGCGGGCAGGACGACGAGGACGACGCGAUGGUCCCCGGGUUCAGCUAUGGUGGCACGAAUAAGUGGUGGGGCAAGGACGAGGAUACGGCGGUUGGCUUGGGAGAUAAUAGUUAUACCCAGCGUGCGCCGUUUUCGGGCGACGAUCCGAUGGGAUCGGAUGACUUUAUUCCUGGAUUUGGAACAUCGGACAAUUUUGGAGGUGGCGCAGGUCCUUCGGCCGUCGCUCCGAAACAGAGUGGUCCGCUUCCUGGUCAGGAAGAGAUGUGGACGGCUGAUGCGAGAGGUGAGUCGAGAGGUGAGGAUUGGGGAAACCGCAGGGGUGGGUGGACAGGUCGCGGAAGGGGGUAUAAUCCCAACGGUGCUCGUAGAGGGCGGUACUGA